GAGCCCGAACAACUGCCUCACCACCGCCACAGUUUGGUGGACACGUCCAAGAUGGAUGCUUUCGCCUCGAUAGGUUUCUGUUUCCUUUUCGCAGCGCAGUUUACAUGUGUCCACACCGGCUGGGUGGGGACUGGACACCUUUCGUAAUUAAACGGAUUUAUCACCUGUGAAACGACAAAAGUGGAUUUAAGAGGAUGUGUUUGUUUCUACACGUUUGGACCGUCGGUUAUUUUUUUAACUUCCUGGUUGUCGCGUGAGAAUGUCUGUAGAAACUGCGGCGAAAGCUCAAGUUACUUGGAUAGGCUUACUGGAUUCAGGAUACAUGAGACUUUAUAAUAAUGUCGUAAUGUUUAAAACCAGAGACAUCUGUUUUCAACGACGGGCGAAGGGAGAACGGCAGAUUUCGUAAGAGUUCAGCAAUGGAAAGUGGAAAUGGUGGUGCCUCGAGUAAAGGUGUAUUCGUGCCCGUGUCAGCAACUUCUGACGCCUUUGAAAACACUGUUUUGGCUCCAUUGAAAAGUGCGUACUUGUAUGAAGAGUCGAAGCAGUUCUUCAGAUACGAGUCCGCUGCUUUAAUAAAUAAUCAGGCCCUGGAAAAAAAGUAUAAUGCUUUCCGAGCAAAGAGAAGAGAAUUAGGAUAUUCAGAAGAGGAUCUGAAGGAAUCAUUUGGGUUUUUGCUGUUUGACGACGUCAACAAGGCUAAUGCACUUGGAGAAACUGGUGUACUCACUGGAAACAGCACAUGCACAGCUCUGGGACAUCCCUCAAAUGGUGUUUAUAUUUCAAUGUACUCCGACUGUUUGGAUCUGAAUCGCUGGUAUCAUGAGAAAUCUGGAUACAUUGCCAUCAUCAGGCUAACAAAGGGCCGGACAAAAAAGGUUUCUGAGAACUACACCCAGAAUUUCACUUCACCCACUGAGGGGUUUGAUUGUCAUGUGUCAGGAGAGUUGCAUUCAGUAUCUGCCAAAACCAGCUCCUUUGUUGCCUUUGAGAGGACUCAGUAUUAUAUGUAUGAGCUGCUAGAUGAUGGAAGCAAUGAGACGGCUCAAUCCCCCAGUGCUGCCUGUCCCUUUGCCAUUGUAUCAUUUACAUAUAAGGAUACCAAAGGAUGCCAAACACCCAUAGCACCACUUGAGGAAAGUGAGGAGAAAAAACUGGUUUGUCAUUACUUUCCGUGGAGGGGUCAGCUUCAAAUAGGCACCCAUCUCUUUGAUGUUGGGCUGAGGUCUACAGCAGGGGCCUCCAUCCCUGCAGAACUGCCACCAGUACUGAAAAUUAGUGGAGCCAUUUCCAUGUUAGAGCUGCGACAGCUUUUGCCAAGGGCUGUCUUUGAAACCUGCUUCUCUGGUGAAGUCUUUCUGGAUGGCUUAUACUGCAGUCGUUACGAGUUUGUUUCUUCUGAGACAGAACAAACCAGUUCACUCUCUCGGCUUCUAUGGGAGAUCAAGGAGAAAGAUGUUGCUCUCACUAUUCCACUGAAUGAUGGUGGUUUUCUUAUCCUGUUGCACUCCCUCUAUUUCCUCACAUAUGAUGAUACUGAGUCCAGUGCAGCUGAGGUCCUGCAAGGCAUAUUUGUGUUUUCAGAUUCACGAGUUAUACAUGGAGAUAUAAAAUUUGAACAGCGAAAGCCUGCCGUUUCAUCUGAAAUCCUGCGGGCUCUACCAGUGCUAAGUUAUGCAGAGGGUGAAGUUGAGAAAACACCUGCUGACCCAAAUGAAGAUUUGUGUGAAGUAUAUGUGCAGCAUAUGCAGAGUUACGCAGCACUGAUAAAUCCUGGGUUGGCAUUGAGUCCCUCUAGGGAUACCAGCAUCUUUCCAGACCAGUAUGAUGUUCCAGAUGCUGACAAGCACCUCUACUUAUUCCCGGAGUGGACUGACAGGGCAUGGCAGAACUUCAGGUCAUACCUGAGCAAACCAGCCUCUUUUCAACUGCCAGUGUCGAAGGCUUCAGAAAUCCUGGCCUCUGGACAAGAGGAGCAAAUAGAAGACCUUGAUUGUGGUGUCUACUUCUGUCUGUCAUCUCCUGAGGACGCACUGGCCAAUCAUGCCAGCAUGGAAUCAGAAGACCAGUUUAAGGGCCUGACAGCUGCUGUAAAUGAUGAAAAAACUUUGGACAGUUGUAUAACAAGUGCUGAAGCACAAGUUGACUUAACAGCUGUGCCUCAAAAUGUUGUACCAGAUGAUUUGCUACCUGGAGACGUUACCAAAGACACUAAAAAAUCUGACUUGACUGUGCUGAUCAGAACUAAUGAUAUAGAGACAAAAAAUCUCCUGACUGCCUGUACAGCAGAUGACCUUCCUGCAGAGAUGAUUGUCAGCAUCACUUCGGCAGAGCGAACUGUCACAAGUGCAAGUUUAAGUGUGAUCAGUACUGAGUCUGCAACAAGGCAUACUGACUUUAAGAUCUCUGCUUUUUCAGCACCUAGAUUACAAAUGGCAGGACAGAACUCUAUGAAUGAAGAAACUAUUAAAACCAAAAAGGUUUUUGAUUGCCCCGAGGUUACCAAUCUCUCAAAGACAAAAUGCUGGAAACUACGCAGGGAACAUUCCAAAGGCCGGAAACGUGUAUCUAAAGUUUGUGUUGAGACUCCCAGUCUACAGACAGUGAAAAUACCAGUGGACGAUGACUUGAAGAGUCAGAAGGAAGACCAGACCAAGCAUUCAUCAGACCACCCACAGUUGAGUAAUCCUUCAAAUAUUGAUUGGAGGAAAGUGCGAAGGCGAAAGCGCAAAUUUGGAAACCUAUCAUCAAAAAGUAAAAAGGUGAGAUCUGCUACUAUUGGUCUAGCAGUAACAGAAAGGAAAAAAACAGACCCUGGACAGCAGAACUUUGAAAACACCAUUUUAAUGGAAUUUGAAGCUUGUCCUCUGAGAAAGAAAACAGAACGCUGGGACUUAAAGCCAGUUAUCAGUGAAUGUGGACAAAUCUUGGUUCCUCAUGGCUCUGUAGAUAUUGCUGAUCGGAUUAAGACUUUAAAGGUUGAGCUUCCUUUGACUAAAGAUGAUCCGUGCCCUGGAAAACUGUUGAUUGAUGCCACUGUGAAUGCUCAUGACACAGUCGAAAUGGAACAAGAGUCUAGCACUGCUCCAGAGACGACAGUAGAUGAAACAGAGGCUACAACAUCUGAGGGUGAAGGGAACCAUUAUCAAAACAUUGUCAGUCAUGUUAAUCAUGAACACGUUACUUUGAGACACUCAGAUGGCAAUGGUUCAUCAUCUUUGGAUCCAGAGAGUACUGAGCAUUCUUCAAAGAGUGAUGGCACAGACACUCCUCCCUUAAAAACUAUUCAAGAAAAACACGUGGAUACCCCCUCACCAGGGAAGUGUACAACAAAGGGACAAAUUCUGUUGAAUAAACUAAAAUCUGUUCUUCUAAGGAGUAAGAGAAAAACAGGUACUCUUGGGUUAGAAAAAAGGACUGCAGAUGCUGCCCAAGACACUGAGCCUGGUCUCAAAAAGGUCAAAGUUGACUCAGACUUUGGGAUGCUGAAGACUGAUGAUGCAAUUAACUUUGUCCAGGACCCUAGUUUGGGUGUCAGUCAAGUUUCUAGGAUGUUUUCAGUUGACCCUCUUUUUGCGUACGCCCUAGGCCUGACUCCUAAAGAGACAGGAGGUAAGGUACAAAAAUCUGAGGGUCAGGAUACCCAACGAAGGAAAGACUCAUCAGAGACAGAAGAACAAAACAGUUUAGACAAACGACCUCAAAUCACACAAAGGCCUCUAUCGAUUUCUCCAAGAAGGGGUAGGAUUAAAACACUCAAGAAACAACAAGGCAUCUCUGCAGAAUAUGUUAAAAGAAACUGGUGGUUGCAUUUUCAAACCCCAUCUUGUUUGGCCAGUGAAAAACUCAAAAACAAAGAGUGUGCUAGAGAUAAUUCUGUCAGGAAGACUGUUAAGGAAAAAAGUAACAGUGCUUGCUCAUCUACAGAUGCUUUGAACUUACUUGCUGACUUGGCACUCAGUGUCAGUAAUGACCAGGUUCCACCACAACCAGACCCAGCACUUCAGAGAAAACCUGAGACAAGUUUGAAGAAGUGUGAUCUUGCAAAAGAUGCUACCACUUCUGAGCAGGAGUCAGUUCUUCAUUCACUGCCUAGACAGCCUACUGCUACACCCAUUCAGCAUCUUGAGUCUCCUUCAUCAAGCCAUCCUGUGGGAGGCAGUGAAUUGGUUGGUUUGAUCGCUAUAGAACAUGCUUACUCAUUUCACCCAUCUUCCUCUUUACUGUUGGAUUUGUCAGGUACACCUUUCCAGGUAUCCCCUUUAAGUGGUUCUACCAGACUGCUGCAUCAUCACCACAUAACGUCUGGUGAUGGAAUGAAAACACUACACCCCUCUGCUGUUCAAGAAGACAGAAGUGAACAGAACCACAGGACUCCAGAGUAUCUGAAAAAACGCAUGGUGUGCAGUAGGAAGUUCAGGCACUCCCGUGCCUUUGCUAACAAGGAUGGAUCUGUCCAAGUCACAAAGCAAUGGAAAGAAAACUAUGACUUUAAUCUAGACAGCAAGUUUACAAGUGACUCAAAGGAUAGAGCUAUCAUCCGAGCCUUACAUGGCCCAUGGGAUUUCUCCAUUCAAGACACCAGCGAAGAGGUGCGGCUCAUUGUCCACAUGUGGAUAGGUCUGUUUUACAGCCGGUCAACAGCUAGGUUCUUCCAUGUUGACACAAACUCAUGUUCAGAAGAAAGUGAUUAUUUGGAAAUGUCCGGAGGAAUGAUAUCAGCCCAAGCUCAGUCUGAGCUUAAGGCCAAUUCAUUUGCUCCCUGCCUGAAUGUAACAGAUACUUCAGACAAAGCUUUGGACCUCAGCAAAAAGGAUAACUCUGUCUUGGAUCAAGGAUCUAUGAUUUUAGACUUGUCACAAAGAAACUCCAAUGCUGAGAUUGUCAUUUCACAUCCACAAGUGAAUGAGAAAGAGACAUCUGUGUCUGGUGAACAGAAAGAAACUGGCGAAACACUGAAGACACUCAAGUCAUCUGUUGGACUCCAGACGUGUUACAGAAAUAGCGUACACUGCACAGAAACUACCAGUGACAGAAGCACCUUCGAAAGUAGGAGGACUUGUGCCCCUUUGCAAAAAGCGGGCCCCCUGGAUCACACAGAUGUACCGUCUUGUAAAGGCAAUGGAACAUUCAUUUCUGUACAGGAAGAGAUGGAAAGUGUAUCCGUUCAGCUAGAAAAUUAUCAGACUGCUUCAGGAAUUUGCCACGUGUUACACGGAUGCAACAAUGAGAAGACAGAUAUGAAAGAUGGCAUUGACUAUUCAGAAGCGACAGAGAUGAGGUUAAUGCAAAAACAGGGAAAGGAUUCAUCCAAACGGAGAGACUCCAACAAAAGAGCAGGUAAUGUGGUUACUGCAAUUGAGCAUGAUGAAACUGAAUCCCAAGAUGAGGAAAACUGGGAAGUGAAAGAAAAGCCAUACCAAGAAGGCCAUAUAGAACUUUCUCCAAAAAUGAUUCACAAAGGUGAUAAUUCAACAAAUGAAGAAUCUCGUGUAGUCUGCAAUGGAAUUCUUGAGGAAAAUGAGAAGCAGGUGUCUAGGGAGGAACCUAAGGCUGUCUCACCAGGCAAGGCUGAAAAUGUUAACGAAGAUAUGGAUUGUUGUACAGUACAUGAAGAUAAAGUGAUCAAAGACGAUAAUUUUGGAAAAGAAGAUGGACUCGAUGAGAAAGACUGUUGCUUUUCACAUGUGGAAGCUGACAGCGAUAUGAAUGAUCAGCCAUUACCAAUUUUGUGUGAUGGCCCAGACUCCCUAAAGAAGGAUUGCAACUCAGAGUGUAAUGGCCAGGCACCUUUGGAUGAGCAGCCAUCUCACACAAACAACGAAGAUGCCUGCCAUGAUUUGCAGUUGAGAAAGCUGUGCGCAAAUGACUGUGCAUUGAAAGAUGAACAUGCCAUUUCAGAAACAGUUCAUGCUCCAUCAGAAAUUGAGCAUAUUCAAAGAGAACCUGCAGUUGAGGGGAAUUCAGAAAACGAUAUUUUUUGUCCAGGUUUUCCUGAUCAUCCAUCGCUUAUGUAUGAUGGCCUAGACUCAGUAAAGAAGGAUUGCAUCACAGAGUGUAACCUCCAAAGACUAUUGGAUGAGCAAACAAAUCAAGCACACAACAAAGAAGAUGCCUGCCGUGAUCUGCCUUUGAGAAAUCUGGCUGUCAAUGGCAGUGGAGUGAGAGAUGAACAUGCCAUUUCAGAAACAGCUACUCACCUUUCAUUGGAAAUGGAUCCGAUUUCUAAUGAACCUGUAGUUGAGGAAAAUUCAGAAAAUGAUAUUUGCUUGCCAGAUAAGGCCGUGUCAGAUGGAUCUUCUGCAGAUGUGUCUAUUUCCCAAACAAAUGACAGUGUUGGAACAGGAAGCCAAAAUAAAGUAAUGGCAAACUUGAACCUAAGUCAUGAUGAUUGGGAUACCAGAUCAUUUGAGGAAGAGCAAAAUGAUGAUAACACUUCUCAAAAAGAACCAUUUUAUCAUCAGUCUCCUUCACCUCAGUGUGAGACUGUCACAGAGUGUGAAGCUGAGAGGGGAUUGACAAAAGAAACCAAUGUCAAAAUUGAUGAAAGAAACAAAGGAUUGGAAAAGAUCCAUCCUCGGGUCAUAAUUCCCUUUAUUGGAAUAGACACCUCUGGAGAAGAUGCAGUACAACAACGUGACUCACAUUCAGAUGGCAAUGUUGAAGUUCAAGGCCAGAAAGAAAUAUCAUUUAUCAGUGAAACUACUUACCCUGAAACUGUCCUACCCACAGAGGUAUGUAGUACAUCUCAUAUGUACUGUAAAAAAGAAGAACUGCCUGCUGGCACAAUAUCACUAUCGCUUCUUGAUGUAAAUGAAACUAACCAGCCAGAGGUCUCAGGAAGUGAGUCUGACGACCGGUGCCCUACCCCAACUAUGGAUGAGGAACCAUAUCAGUAUGUAACUUGUUCUGGCCCUAUUAGUAAUGCUAGUAGUUCUACAUUUAACAGUAGUGAAACCUGCAAAAACAUGACUCAAACAUGUCUUCGCAGAAGCUCAAUACUUAUAAAGGACAAGCUGCCUCAUGGACCAGAUGAUGGUCUGCAUCCUGAUCUAAAAGUAAAAACUCUAAGAGUUCUACAAACUAUAGACAAGUUCCUCUCCAAAUCAAGUCACACUAACACAUCCAGUCAGAUGAAAACAGCUGAAAUGAAACACUCUCUUGAUCGGACAGAUAAAAUACAGGAAACCUCCUUAGGACAAGAUUAUUGUCAUCCCUACACCCCCCUUCCCUCCACUGACUGUUUGCCAGCCAUUAAACCAAUUAUUGUCCAAGGUGAACAUAAAUCAACUAAAAGUGAUGAAAUUCAAGCAGAUUGCAUCCCUAAAGACAGUGUAACUGAAGGCUCUGUUGUGUCAGAUUUUUCUAAAAAUAAACAGACUACAUCCCCUGUAAUCACAUACAACACACCAACUUCCAUGCUCUUGGAGAAAAAGACAGAAAGCCGCAAAGGAAAUUUUGGAGGACUAAAUUAUGAUAAGCAAGAGGCCAGUGAGCUUUCUCCAAAGAGGUUGUCAAGUGUUAGUGACAAGUCUAACUCACAUAAGGCUAAAUUUACAUGUCGAGACUCUUUAUAUCAAUGCAAAGGAAGGGACAUUUCAAAAUCCAGCAAGAUUCCUUCACCUCUUCCCAUGCAGCCUUUUGAAUCUACAAAAAAGAAAGUUGAUGGAAGCCAAAGUUUGUUGACAAAUAGUUUAGUUGAGAAAGUUGGGCAAACAACUACAGAGAGCAUUGAGGUGGACCAGAGAGACAGCUCGGACACAUCAACUUCAUUUGUGGAUGACAAAGAUGAUGGCUUGAUAGAUGACAGACUUUUCCUGGAACCUCAAAGCUCACUCACACGUACAGUCUAUAACAUUAGUCGUAAGAGAUCUGAGGGUUUUCUGGAGCAGCUUUCUCACAGGUGCCUGCAAGAAGACCUCACUCAGGCAUCAAUGGAACAGGAAUGCCUUAUCUUCUCAGAACAAAUGAAACGGCUUUUGAAAAGGAGUAAGAGGGGACCCAUCCACCAACUGGACGCACAUGACAAAUUGAAUUUGCCUUCCUCCAGUCCUGUAACUGUAUGCUUUUCCAAUCUAGAGGAGCAGGACGAUUCAGUGGAUCACUUGCACACACUGUCACUUGGACAGAAAAUCAAGGUAGACAUGUUUGACAGGAAAGACACAGUAGACACCUUAGAGGACAAAAAUGCUUUGCAUCUUCAAAGAUUAUCUCAAGAUACAAGAAACCCAAUGGAACAUGCUGGGGUUUCUAGUGUGACUGCUGAAUGUGCUAGGCUGUACACUGCAAUGAUGAACGAUGUUUGUAAUGACAAAAAGGUCCCAUCUAGACCUAAACACAUUAGAAUGGAUAGAGGUUACCCAAAAACUGAACCAAGUAACCAUUUUUACUUCUGUGAUCAACUGAAGAGAGAGAUGGAUGAGAGCUUUCACAGUAAUCUGAAUUCUGCUGUGAAGAAAUCCUCUAAAACAAAGUACAGAUUCUACAUACAAGUGACGUCAGAUGAUGCCUUCUUUGAGGAAACCAAGGCACAAUUGGAAGCAGAGGGUCAUUCUGCUGUGCAGCCAUCUGAGUUCUUUCUUGAUGAGGAUAGUUCUUCGUCUCUACUCAUCGUCCUCAGGAAUGAGGACAUUGCAGAGCACAUUUGUGAGGUCCCACAUUUGCUCGAGCUGAAGAAGUCACCAGGUGUCCAGUUUGCUGGAAUUGAUGAGCCCGAUGAUAUUGUGAAACUCACCCAUCAGGAGCUCUUCCUGAGGGGUGGUUGUAUAAUGAUCGACAGAGCAGCACAGGAGUCCCUCAGCCUUUGCAACAUGAAAGAAAUGUGCGAAAUCUUGCAAGAGCUAAGCAAAAAGGGGAAGUGGAAAUGGAUGUUGCACUACAGAGACAUCCGUCGGCUGAAAGAAAAUGCGAGGUUGAGUGCAGAGGCAAAAGAGAAGAAGCACUUCUUUUCCUGGUGCCAAGAUGUUGGAAUAUUGGACGUCUUGCCUUACCACGAGUGUGACCUCACGUCAAGAGAUCAGCCUGACUAUCUCACAUGUUUGGUGCAUUUGCAGGUCCAGAACAUAUCAGCCCGCUACCAUGUUUUCUUAACGGAUACAACAACUGACAGCCCAUUUGGAAAGAAUGGAAUUAUGACAAUGAGUUUCAACUCAUUCCUGACAUGUUCUCCAAGCAAAAUAUUUUCAGUCUGACCUGAAAAUUAAGACGGACAAACUAAAGUUGUGCUUGUUUAAGUACACAACCGUCAAAAAGGGAGAGAGAAGCCAACAGUUUACCAGUAAUGAUGAUUUCAGAGGUACUACGGUGUUCCUUUUUUCAGUGCAUCCAGCAAUAAUUACUGAUUUAGGAAUGAUUUAUUUGUUCAUGGGAUCGUUAUGCUAUUUGUUCUGUUACCUCUUUAUGUCAUGCCAAGUUAUUUAUCUCAUCUUGUUGUACAGUACAGUCAUCAACCCUGUUUGUUUUUAAAUGUGUUUUAUAAUAAUUGUAAUAAACCUCUUUUGUAUGUCAUCUUUCAGACAAGAAAUGCAGCUCAAAGUGCUUUACGCUACACUUUACAAAGAAAUUACACGCAACAAGUGCUUCACAUAAAGACAAAAAGAGGAAUAGAAAGUUGUUUUAAAUACGAUGGAGAAUAAAACUUGAUAGUCAAAAAAAAGAAAAAUAAAAGAUGAAAAUUGAAUGAAGAGAAUGCAUAAUAGACGGAAAAUAAAAUCCACUAAAAAAGUUAAAAUAAAUAGAAUGCAUGAAAUCAAGUAAUUAUUUAUUUUUUUAAUUGAUGUGAAUUAGUAUGAGGCAAAGCACAGCAGUUUGUGGCUUGUAUCAGGAAAGUCAUAGCUGGGAGCCUGCAAAAAACCAACAGCAGAUUAUUGCAUUGUACUGUAAGACAAAUAGUGAACAAGGGAUUUAGAAUUCAGUUAUAUAUAUUGUUAUAAUGACCUAAAUCCAGAUUAUUACCAUGCUGAUUAGUGGCAUUGUUUACAUGUUGGGUAAGUUCAAAGUUGUAAUUCUAGUUUAAUGAUCACUUGUUUGUGGUCAAAAGUCUGUUUAAAAGUUUUUGGGUUUUUUUUGUCUUUUUGUUGGUACUAAUUUAUUUUAGUACUUUAUCAAAGCCUUGCAACAAAGCUAAGUUAGGCUGUUUUCAAGUGUUGUGUAUUAGUAUUAUGUACAUAUUUAGGUUAAUUAAUGUACAUUGGUUGCUGACAGUGAGUCUUAUGUAACUCAAGUGUUGAAUUGAUUGAGCCCAAUGAUUUAAACAAUUAUCACUAAGUGCUAAAUAUUCAUGACAUUCACUGUACAGCACAAUGACUGAGAAUAAAGUGGUUUAUUUCAUUGUUUUGCUUAAAAAGAAAAAACGUCUAUACUGCUUGAAGAAUCUGCACUAUGAUCCUGACUAAUCACAUUGAAUUGUGUGUUCUUACACACAGACCAUCCUUACAGCAGUAAGACCUGUAGGCGGUUUUAGGGGGGAUGCCACCACCUUAUUAGCAAACUGACCAAAAUACAUCCCCCCUGUUAACCUGCCCUCAUCCCUCUCUAUCCAUUAAUAGUAGAGAGUGCAGGGGCAGAGGGGUUGUUUAGUUCAAUAUGUUUGUCUAGUCUGUCUGAGUCAUUGAUCCUUU